AUGGCUGAAAAGGAUUCCAAAAAAAUACCCGUGCAGCCAGUGCCGGAGAAACGCGGUUAUGAGUUUGGUGGACCACUAGGUGCUUUCGGUAUCGUGUUUGGACUGCCGAUCCUGAUCUAUGUCUUCACCUUUGUCUGCAACGACGUCUCUGGUUGUCCUGCACCAUCGUUGCUGAACCCCUCAACUUUGUCGCUCGAGCAAUUGAAGCGUGAAGUGGGUUGGCCAGAGCAGGGAGUCACGGCGCUUUAUGACACCAAUGUUACACUGUGGACACUGAGCUACUAUGCCUUCAGCCUGUUCUUGCAGGUCUUCCUUCCCGGUCAGGAGGCAGACGGUGUUGUGCUGGCCUGCGGAGGACGGCUGAAGUACAAAUUCAAUGCAUUCCCCUCUGCCAUCAUUAUUCUCUCGGGCCUCGCCGGGGGCACCUAUCUCUAUGGAGCCGACUUUGUGGUGUGGACAUUCCUAUGGGACAACUACGUUCAGGUCAUUACAGCAAACAUACUGAUCUCUUCUUUUAUCGCGCUGUUUGUCUACAUGAAGAGCUUCACAGUUCCAGCCCCGGGCCAGGCAACUCCAAGCCUACGACAGCUGGCACCUGGCGGCCAUACGGGCAACAUGCUCUACGACUUCUUCAUCGGCCGUGAACUCAACCCCCGUGUUCGCCUGCCCAUUCCAUUUGUCAGCGAGGCAUCGCGCACCAUCGAUAUCAAGGCUUGCUUGGGUGGACAAUUCCUGAACCUGUCCAAUGUGGCCCACCAGUACCGAACCUAUGGCUACAUCACUGACUCGAUCGUGCUGGUCACUGUCUUCCAGGCAUUCUACAUCCUGGAUGCGCUAUACAUGGAGCCAGCAAUCAUGACCACCAUGGAUGUAAUCAUGGACGGAUUCGGAUUCAUGUUGUCUUUCGGUGACGUGGUUUGGGUGCCUCAUGUGUACAGUAUCCAGACCCGGUAUCUCUCUGUCUUCCCUUACGAGCUUGGCCUGAGCGGUAUGGCUGUUGUUCUGGGUAUCACAACCGUUGGAUAUUUGAUCUUCCGCGGCGCCAAUAACCAGAAGAACCGUUUCCGCACGGAUCCAAAUGACCCCCGUGUGAAGAACAUCAAGUACAUCGAAACUGCCGCUGGAUCCAAACUGAUGAUAUCCGGCUGGUGGGGUCUCGCGCGUCACAUCAACUACCUGGGCGACUGGACCAUGUCGUGGGCCUACUGUCUGCCAACUGGUGUCGCGGGAUAUGUUCUCAUUGAGAGCAUCAACCCAGCCAGUGGCGUUGUCCAGAAGCAAGCCGUGCAGACCCCAGAAGUCCGUGGCUGGGGUAUGAUCUUCACUUACUUCUACAUGCUCUACUUUGGUAUCUUGUUGAUCCACCGUGAGAUGCGUGAUGAGGAGAAGUGCGAGAAGAAGUAUGGCGCUGACUGGAAGCGUUAUACCUCCAUCGUCCGCAGCCGCAUCAUCCCUGGGAUCUACUGA